AUGGCGCAGACCGGCCCCGGGCAGCGCUCCGCAGCACCAGCCCUACAGCGUUUGCCAGACCUGCUGUCGUGCCUGCUCUUCGCGGCGAUCAACCGCCACCAGCGCGGGCCCUACAUGGACGAGGCCUUCCACGUCCCCCAGGCGCAGGCCUACUGCCACGGCCGCUUCCUCCAGUGGGAUCCCAUGAUCACCACCCUGCCGGGCUUGUACCUGGUCUCGGUGGGAGCAGUGAAGCCCGCGGCGUGGCUCUUCGGAUGGACGGGAAGCGUGGUGUGCUCUGCGGGAAUGCUCAGGUUUAUUAACCUCCUUUUCAGUGCUGGGAACUUCUAUUUACUGUAUUUACUUCUGUUCAAGAUCCAUCAAAAGAAUAAGGCUGUGUCUGGUUUCCAGAGAAUCUUGUCUACAUUAACUCUUGCAAUGUUUCCCACCCUUUAUUUUUUUACAUUCCUUUAUUACACGGACCCAGGUUCAGUAUUUUUUACUCUCUUUGCCUAUUUAAUGUGCCUUUAUGGUAACCAUAAAACUUCAGCUCUCCUUGGAUUUUGUGGCUUCAUGUUUCGUCAGACGAAUAUUGUGUGGACAGUUUUUUGUGCUGGAAAUGUUGUUGCAGAGAAGCUAAAUGAAGCCUGGAAGACAGAGUUACAGAAAAAGAAAGAUGAAAAGAUUUCUUCCAGGAAAGGAUCAUUUUCAGAUUUGAUCAGAAUAUUGCAGUUUCUUAUUGAAUAUCUCAUAACACCUAAAAACCUAGUUAUACUUACUGCUUUAACUUGGCCAUACAUCAUAUUAGUAACUGUGUUCUUCGUUUUUGUCUUCAUCAAUGGUGGAAUAGUUGUUGGUGACAGAAGUAGCCACGAAGCCUGUUUGCACUUUCCUCAGCUGUUCUAUUUUCUGUCCUUCACUGUCUUUUUUUCAUUCCCUCAUUUAUUGACCCCUACUAAAAUCAGGAAAUUCCUUCUGUCAUUACGAAAGCACCCUGUGCAGUACAGCUUAAUUGCCGUUAUCUCUUUAUUCCUGAUCUGGAAAUUUACUUAUGUUCAUAAGUAUUUACUAGCAGAUAACAGACACUAUACAUUCUAUGUUUGGAGAAAAGUCUUCCAAAGACACGAUCUUGUAAAAUAUGUAUUGGUUCCAGUCUAUAUAUUUGCUGGCUGGAGUUUUGCUGAUACACUAAAAUCAAAAUCGAUAUUCUGGAUCUUAAUGUAUUUUGUAUGUUUAUUAGCAGUCACGGUUCCUCAAAAAUUGCUAGAAUUUCGUUACUUUAUUUUGCCAUUCUUAAUAUAUAGGCUCAAUAUUCCAUUUCCAUCUCUAUAUAGACAACUUCUGGAGCUGGCUUUUUAUAUUGUUGUGAAUGCAGUAACUUUUUAUCUUUUUCUAAACAGAACAUUCCAAUGGCCAAAUAGUGAUGAAAUCCAGAGGUUUAUGUGGUGACCUUUUUCUUUUUUUUUUUUUUUUUUUGAUAACUUUCAUACCCUUAGGAGAACCUGGUUCUGUUUCAGGCCUGUGGACUCUGGAAUGAAGCAGUAUGUUUUGCAUUAUGUAAGGACUUUUUUCCCCAUUUGGAAUUUGGGGAAUUUUGUUUGUUUAUUUCUUGGAACUGAAUGCGAGAUCUGAUUUGUUGUAAUGUAAAGAUAUUCCAUAUAUUGAAUUUAUAAGCUCCUGGAAUUAACAAAUUCAAUAUGAAGGGAAACUUGAGAACACCUUUCUGUAUGUGAAAUGAGGGAGAUGUUUACGGUCAUUUUUCAUUAUAAUAAAAUAUUAUAUAAUAUGCCCUUGAAGAUAUGACAGUUUAUGUUUCAGAGGUUUCUCUUUAAAACAAAGUAUUUAAGUGUUUAACCUUUUUGUUACCUCUGGGUGCAUAUUUACUCCUUGGAUCAGGCCACUUCCAUCUAGGUUUGCUAGCGGUCAAGGUAUGAACCACUGCUAAAGUAUAAUGUUUUCAAAACCUCCUACAUCCCACUAAAUUUUCAUGAUUUUUUGUCAAUAAAUGCUUACGUUAGUUUUGCAGACAGAAUGUAGGCUCUUAAAUCAUUAGAGCAUUUUGAAAAUUUUAUUUCAAACUGAUAUUUAGAAAAUAUAGUGGAGGCUAUGUGCACGUACCUGCUUUGAGCGAAUAAAUGUUGUUGUACACCAAAAGAUAAAUUGCGGUUGAUAAUGUGACGUAUUAGAGAGAGAGAGUUAAUUUAUGUAUGUCAGACUGACACGUGUCAUUACACAGUGGAAUGCACUCUAAUGAAUACCCUUUUAAAUAAUCAGGCUUUUAUGUCCUGAGGUUCUGUGUUCACAGGUUUGUAUUGAAGUAGGAUAUGAGUGCACUCCCAAAUUGAACUGAGUGUUUCUAAGAUCUUUGACGUGUAAAUCUUAAAGAAAUACUAAUGGCAUUACUGAAUUGUUCUUUUAAAUGUUUUUCAUAUAUAUAAAAAAUCUAAUGGAACUAGGGAGUAGGUAUUUUGUUUUACAAAGGUAAAAUACAAUGAGUGUGUGUAUAUAUAUAUAUUUUUAAAAGCAUCUAGUGCAUUAUCAUCA